AUGACCAACAAGGAGCAAAUUGAAAAUCUUGAAGCUGGACUCCAGAGGAAUAGGAUUGAGUCAGGAGUUUUCGAACCAUCAUUAAGCCCUUAUAUGCUGUAUCUUCCAAGUCUGAUCUAUCAGUCCACAUGGUUGGAGAAAAUAAGGAGGGAGCAAGAUUUGGACCAACUAGUAGAAACCCAGCUCCUUGCUGGCCAAACAUGCACUAUAUAUUUGUUUUUCAGCGCUUGUUGUCUUAGAUUCCUCUGCCAGGUCCUUUUCUAUUUUAAUCAUGUAUUUUCAUCGAAUACAGUAGCCGUAGUUUUAGAACAGAACUUAGUUUCUGCUAUCUCUUCAAGUACACAAAUUACUCCGAAGGAUCAUUUGACUGUUGAAUCAGCAGACCCUUGCUUCUCAAUAGGAUGUAAAGCUGCCAAUGCUGGAAACUUUCAUCCUCUGCAGGCUUGUUGGUUGAAGAUCUUUCAAAAACUGGUACAGUUAUCUCGAUUCAGAGACUUGUUGAUAAAGCUCUGUCCGCGACUUGAACCCUAA